AUAACACAAUCAAUCGACAAAAUCAUACGAAAAUAUAAAUUAGUAGUCACACCCCCAGGAACACCAACAGGCACUCCAAAAGAUAUUCCAACUGAUCUAGAAUUACCAGUCGCCGUUACAGAAAACCAGGAAGAAACUGAAAAUAAUAACAAACCAGUCCCACAGAAGUUACAACUACCAGUCCCGCAAAUACAAUUACCAGUUCCAGUAGCAAAUCCGCCUCUGCCUCCACCGCAACAAGGUCAUCCACCAGUAAUCGUCCAACAUCAGCAACAAGACGAAGAAGAAAUGUCCGCUGCCAUACCUUAUCCAACUUUUAAUGGAGUAAACCCUAAGUCAUGGCUUGCUCAGAUCGAAAGAGCAUUUAAAGCAAAUGGGGUCCACGACGAUGCUCAUGAUAAACGAAUUGGCAUCGCAGCAUACCAUAUGGGAUCAUUCCAAGAAUGGGCCGGACUACACAACCCACAAAUAACAGAAUGA